CUGAUUUCUACUUUCCCUUCGCCUGGAGGCUAAGCAAACAUCCAUCCAUCCGAACUGUCAACUUAAACACCACUUUCUUGGCAAACAGCCUCGCCUUGUCCUUCCUGGUAUCUUAAAAUAAAUAAAUAUAUAAAUAAUGGAGGUGGAAAGCAAAGACGACCAGUUCGUGUCCUCCAGUUUUUCAGGCUUCGGGUCUGUGGCAGAGCAGAGAUGCAGAAGCACUAGCCUGCAACUAUUCCAUUGCACUAACAACUGGAUCAAGCCGUACAGAUCCCUGCAAGAGUUUUCAGAAAGUCCAGAUAUGUCAAGAUGCAACAGACUCAGCUCUGCCCACUCUGUCACAGGUGUGCCACAGAGCAUCACUGAAUGGCUGGCACUCUGGGAAAAGGAUCCAGUGGAGAUUCUUCUUGAUUUGGGGUUUGGUACAGAAGAACCUGAUGUCUGCACUAAAAUCCCUCCUCGGUUCCUCAGUGGUGCUUCUGUGGCAAAAGGGAUCAACAUCUGUGUCUUUUUGGAAGCUCAAAAGCAGCGGAUGGACAUUGAGCAGCCAAGUCUAUAUGGACAUUUUCAACAACUGGAAGUACUUGACCAUGUCACUAGUGCCCUCUCGUCUCUGCUGACUAAUGUCAACACCCAACAGACCAAGGCCCGGGACACUGGCAGGGUUGAGACUGACCUCCUGGGUGCUGCGAAGACCAAAGCUGUGGUCACACAAGCAAAAAGGAGAAGAAUAGGCCAGCUCCUGAGACGGGCUUCUCCGCAGACAGCACUACUGAAACAGGGCUUGCUGGCACCUGGGGAAGUCCUUCUGUCUGACAUGAAAGAGCAGCCUCACCCUUGUGCAGAUACUGCUGAGAGGGGAACAAUCCAGAUUCAGAGCUUUGACAAUGAAAUUCCAUGUGGAAAUGCUCCUGACAUCACUUCAGCAGAGGUGAUGGUGACAAGAACAAACAGCAGCCAGUCAGACAGCAGUGGGUUCAUGGAGGAGCUGCCAGAGCCCUUAGUUUUGCAAAAUGCAUCUUUGUCAGGAAAGAUGAAUAUUAUCUCUGAUAAAUACAAUGAAGAAACAGCCCUGUCACAUAGGACAGAGUUUCCUAUGUUAAAUCAAGAUUUCCAACAAAAUCCAGAUGAUUGUGUUACUGAGGUCUUCACCACAGCUUAUGAGAGCAUCUUGACAGUAUCUAAGCCAACAAAAGCAUGCAGUGACCAGGGAGAAGAGAUUUGUCUCCUGCUGACUGCAGAAAAUGGUGAUUAUCAGGCCCGUAAUACUGAUCUGCAGAGUUUUGUCCAAGAAAGAUUACUAGAUGUGGAUAAGAAAGAGCUUAAAACUGGAAGAAAGCAACUGGAAAAAGAGCAGUGCAUGAAACAGGACACUCCUUGUUCUAAGAGUGAUACUCAGGAUGAAGGAGGUCCUAUCUCCUCAAAAUUUGAUCAUCAGUUUUUUUUCAGUACAGCACCUAAAAAUGCAAAUAUAGCCUUCACUGAACGGAGUGAUACAAACCAUGUAGUCAUCAGUGAAAGCAAACACAGAGGCAAUGAUGAAGGUGAGAGGUGCCUGACUGAAAAGCACAUUGGAUUUGCAUAUCAUGAAAAUGCCUAUGGAAGCAGUAUGGAACAUGUUAAAGGACUGUGGUGGGGCCAGGAAAUGAUUGGCAAAGAUGGUACCCUGCUUACAGUGAAUGAAGAGACAAAUAGACAGAUGCUCUGCAAUGUGAAUAGUAAUGCAAAAAAUACAAGAUACUUUUCUGAAAAGGGGCUCCCAGAAACUCUGUGUCAGGGCACAGCAGUGCAGAGAGGGAGUAGUGCCACUUCAAGCAGCUCUCCACAAGUAUCUUGCAGUCCUCCCUGCUGCCUAGCAGAAGGGCCUGGAUUAAGUUUCCCUGAAGAUCAACAGACUGGUAGCAUAAGGGAAAUGUUAGGUGCUGACAAACCUGAACAGGCAGACACUGUCCAGAAUGGUGAAUUGACUUGUACUCCUCUGAAAUCUGUUACAGUUCAGAUGCCUUCAGGGCUGGAGUUUACUUCAAGGGUGAAGUGCAAAGGGCAAAAUACUCCUCGCAUUGAAAGUCUUGCUAAGGAUGACCCUGUGGACUUGUCCAGCGUGUUAGCACACUCUGAGGGUCGUCUUGUGUGGUCAGACCCAAGGCCUUCAAACGAUGAUGGGAAGCAGACUACCGAGUCCUCCAGCCAAACUGACACCCUCACGAGGAAAACCAGGCCGUCACCACUGCUUUGUCCACCCCAUAGCCACCUGACAAAAUCAACCUCUCUAGACAGCAUGCUCUUUGGCAAAUACAGGUCGUACCACUGGGAUGAAACCUCUGGCGUCACAGGUGCACAGGGCAGUCACUGCUGUCACUGCUGCUGCCACCACAGCAGCUGCUCAGGGACAUAUCCUGUGGCUCUUUCUCCCCAUUGCUCUGUAGGCUGCUGCUCAAACCAUGCCACCACCAAGCUGCAGCUCUUGAAGACACCGACACUCCUGCAAGAAACUGUGAUGCGAAAUCUUCCUCCAUGUACCCUCCAGGAAAUAGAACUGAUGAAGAUCUCCUGCCAGCACUUCUGUGAGAAGCUGGAUGAGUUUGAACAGCACCUGACAGAACAGCAGGCACUGCUUUCUGAUGUUAUGCCGGAUGAAGGAAGGGAGGAAAGCAGAAACCUGCAACUCCUACGGAAGGCCGUUCGACAGGAGGUGGCAGAGCUGGAAUUACAGCUGAAUGAUCGAACUUGCCAAGUCAGGGAGGGCAUCCUGAUGCAGCUGGACCAAUUACUGGUAGAACAAUCCCAUCUGUUUUCUGAGCUUGGACUCUCUGAUUGGAAGGGAGAAAGAAAUGCCCAGAAUAAACAAGCACUUCCAGAUGCUGCUGACACUGUGCAUCCUAGAAGUGGGUGCUCAAAAAUGGUACUUCAAAGAGCUCCUAGCAAAAACAUCACAGCGGCAUGCUCUCUAACAGCCCUGCAGCCAGGGGCACCCUUGGCACCAUUUUCUACCAAGACAGUGCCUGAGCCAAAUUCAGAUGAGUCUGACCCACAGGAACCCUCCACCAGCAAAAAGGAAAUAAAAGGACCUCCCCAAGCAAAAAUGGACUUUAAGGCCUUUAUACGCAAUUUGAAGAAAUCUUUCAGAAGUCCUUUAGGUAAUGAUUCAGCAGAAGGGAAAGACUGAUGGAGGACAGACUGAUGGAUUUUGUUUUUAAUAAUUAUGGCCUUUCUCCUUCAAUACAUGGUAUAUCUCAGAAGCAAAUGAGCAAAACGCUGCUUUAUGCAAAGUUUUGAUCACAGCAGUUUCAUUUGCAAUCAGGUGACUGGCCAGAAAAGCAGACAUCUUUAAAGGAUAUUUCAAAAGGGACUCUGCAUUUUCCUAUUUUGUGAGUGCAAAACUUACUGUAUUACUCUUGGCAUGACGUGGGGCUGUUCUUUGUGUAAAGUCAUUUACAAAGAAGAGGAGAGGGCUUGUUUUAAGAAGAAACUUAUGAACUUGUGGACAGCCUAGGAGAUACCUCUAGAAUCUAUUCUCCUUAAAGCCAGUUAUUUUAACAUAGUCCUUCAACCAGUAUUAACCCUCAAGUCCAAACUACCUUGUAUAGCCAGUUCCUAGCCAUCUUCUAGCUUUUAACUAGCUAGUAAAACCUAAUUUCUCUGACUAAUUCUAUGAGGCUUGUAUCUAUUGUCUGUAUCAAAUCAGGAGCUCAAAGACAGUGUAUAAAAUGUUAAAUACCCACACUGUCAAACCAUUACUGUGGAUAGUCUCCUGGCUGUCCUCUUCAUUUUCAUGUUUGCUUCACACAAAUCUAAUUGAAUAAAAAAAAGUCAUAAAAAUAAAAAUCACGGGAUUAUAAACCUUCAGUCAGAAUCCUGGUUCAGUUUUCUGGGGAGUGCUCAGAACCUGGAUUCGUGCAGAAGAAAAAGAAACCCCCAAACCAACAAACAAAACAACAAACAAA